UAGUACGAAAAAGGGGGAGCGUUGACAUACGUAAGAUGGCCAAAAAAAGUAUGUUUCUAACAUAUGUGUUGUGGUUAGGUGGUGGAUUUUUUGGUUUACACCACAUUUACCUCGAAAGGGACGCUCAAGCAUUUCUUUGGUGGUGUACACUUGGUGGUUAUAUUGGUUGUGGCUGGGUGAGAGAUAUUUUCCAUAUACCCGAAUAUGUGGCAGAUGCAAAUGAAGAUAAAAAGUUUAUGGAAAAACACAUACAACGAGUAAAGGAACACAGAACGCCUCCAUUUUCCACCACAAGAUUCUGUGGUAUGGUUAUAAUAGCGUACCUAUGGAGCUCAGUUCUGUGGUUAGCCAUUCCUGACGAAGAAGUUGGAGGUGUUAAUUGGAGAUGGUUAAUUGUGUUUGUGCCGCUUGCUUGUGCAUUGGGGGUUUGGACAGUUGGCAAUAUUGGAAGAGAAGAAGGCACUAUUCAUUGGGCUUUGUUUGGAGCAUAUGCAACACUCCCACUUUACUGGCUCCUUGAAGAUGAUUCCACGUGGUACACAUUGAUGACAUUUGUUUCUGCUUUAGCAUUUGAUACAAAAUCAAAACAAUGGCGGAGAAAACCAAAACAACAGAAAUCAUUAUUAAAGCGCAUCAUGGUGUUGUCCAUUUGUGGAAUGCUGUACUUGUCCCUGUGGGGGAGUUACUUUUAUUUCAAUGCCAAAUUCACGGAUAAAGAGGGGGAGGAGAUAAAGGUUUCAGAAGCUGUGCACCAUUUCUUAACUUCUCCUUUGUGGACUGAUCUCAAACAGUCACUAUAUGAUACCUGGAAUUAUGCUCAGCACCAUGGCUGGUAUGAGAUAUGGAAACAACUCAUUGAUCUGUCAGAUCCUCAUGGAGAACAAAAUGCAUAUAAGGUGCUUGGUGUUUCCAGUGGAGCAUCUCAGCAAGAAAUUACAGCCAGGUGGAGAGCCUUGUCUCGAGAAUUUCAUCCUGACAAAGCAAAAGAUCCUACACUAAAGCAAGCAGCUCAGGAAAAGUUCAUGGAAAUCCAGCAAGCAUAUGAAAUUUUAUCGAAUAUUAAGAAUAAAAGGAGUCAACGAAACAAGAAAUUCAGUCCAGAUUAAUCACUGUAAAUAAACUAAUAUGUCAGAGACCUGUGUAUUUUGAAGAAAUUGUAUUUUUUUAUCAGAUUUGAAGAAUGUUAUCCAUAUGAAUAGUUUACAAACCAAGUGAUGGCUGCUUUUGGUAACUCGACAUUUAAUCCUAUGUAGUUCCAUGCUGAGUGUCUGUGGGUGCUAUCAUGGUGACCCACAUGGCACUACAAGAUCACAUCAGACUGCAAAUAUUUAUAUCAUUCUCAAACAUCGAUUUUUGAAUCCAUGGUAUGUUCAAAACACUAAAGAAAGGUGUAAUAACUCUACAAUAGUAGAAUCCCAAGGUUCAAUACUAAUAUCUACAGCGAUGUUGUCAGAUUGUAAACUCUUCCAUGCCAGGAUUUAAUGUAUUCUACUGAGACUGCUACAGAAUUUUGUGAAGAUGUGUUGCCAUCUCUUGGUACACACAAAACUCCUGGCUCUUGGUCUGCAACUCUGUUCUGCAGCGUCUAUCAUUAAUAUUCCAAUCAAAGGUAGAUCCUAGGCUGUUAUUUAUGGGAUGCAAAUAUAAUAAUAAAUUCUUAUUCACUUUAGAAGCAGAAGCUAACACAUCUUACACCAUCAUAUGCAGAACAUGGCUUAGUUUCAAGUUCUUCUCCUUCAGUGCUAAAAUCUAACAUUCUCUCAAUUGUGAUUUCCCAGUCAAAUUACUUAAUUUUACUUCAUGAAUACAACCAAAUUAAGACUUUGUGUCUUCAACUUACAUUUCUUUACAAAAGACCAUAUGGCAGGAUUUGGAACUUUCACGCUGCUGUAGCAGCAGUUCUUACUAGUGGAAGUAUGACAUACCCCUUUGUAUGCUACACACACAUGCUUUAAGGAUGGUUCCCUUGAAGUUUCACAUGCUACCAAACUUGAGUGAAAUAUCUGUCACACAAAGACUCAAGCCAAAACAGACAGAAGUCUUGAUACACACAUAAGAAUCCAAUUCCCAGGAAGAAAUAUAUAAUUGGAUUUGUAUAGUAAAAGAUGCACAAAAAUUGAAUAUUGAUUGACUCUGCAUCACUGUUGGUUUGAUGUUUUCUCCUGUUUGAACAGAUCUAUAAUUCAGUAUAUAUUUAUUUAUUAUUUCAGUCUAUACACAAACUUAAUUUUAAUUUUUAAAUGUUGUUGUUAAAAUUAAAAUUAAAAUUUAGCGCUUUUCAUCGUUAUUACGAUGUUACAU